AUGCUGCCUGAGACUUGUAGUCUCGCUGCUUGUCUUAACCUAACUGCCCAGCUGACUUGUAUUGCAAAUGCCAUUGUUAAUGGUGAUCCUGCUGCUCUGCAGAAGUGUUUGACAACUUCCAUGACACAGAUAUGCUCCUGCAUUGCCUGUAUCCCGGCGCUCAAUAAUGUUCUGAUAGCUCUUGGUGUUUGUCCGGUGGUGGCUCCAGCUCCGCCUGGGGGUGAUGAAGAUCCAGGUCAUCCCGAUGAUGUUUAG